ACCGAAACUUGCGGUGCAGGCAGUCGUAUGAACCUUUUCAAGAGUACCACUGUGCAGACCGGGCCGUCUAAUCCUUCGAUUGCAGGAUACAGCUACCUUUCGUGUCAUACCGACGAUGUUGGUAAUAGGGCGUUGGAUGCUCAGUACCUUUUUGAUAACUCGAUGACGGUUGAGAAGUGUGCGGCUUUCUGCGCGAAUUACACGUACUUUGGGACUGAGUAUGGGACGGAGUGCUAUUGUGGGGACUCGUUCGUGAAUCCGACGAGUGUUGCCAGUGAAGGAGACUGUAGCUUCUUGUGUCCAGGGAACUCGGAUGAGUUCUGUGGGGCUGGGGACAGGCUAAGUGUCUAU